GAAAUCAGUUGAGAUUUCCCGGUUCCGUUUUUCACGAAGUUUGGAAAGAGACACACCCUCACUGCUGGAACGGAAUUCGUGUUGUAUACACGGUUUAUGAUUUUUGAGUUUCACGCGGUAUUUUUCUUUCCCCCCUAUCCUAUAUUAUAUAAAUGGGCCAUUAAACAAAAAGAGAAAAAACAAACUUUUUCUUUCUGGGUAUUAUUUCCCUCGUCGUGAUUGAAUCACUUGAAUUACGCUGAAUUUACUUCUGUUUUUACGGCACGGCAAGUAACAUGCGUUAGGAAUGAUAUAUUCACCAUUCUUCAUACCGGUAAUCAAGUUAUAUAAAAGGCAAUUGCAGCAUCGAAUGCGGGGUUUUUAGAUGUGACGCGCUGAAACAAAAUGGAAUAGAAAUCAAAUAGAAAUAAGUUAACGCCCUUGACUGUUGCGCAGUACGUAAUAAUAAGCUCAUCCAAACUGUGUAAAAUACACAGCUAGGAGGGAAUAACACGCGAACUCUCUGCCGUGUUGCAACAGCGAGAAAUGAAAAGACAAGUAAAAUAGGAAAAGGAAACAAUUCUCCCGAAUGGACGAAAGUCUCGCGUUGUGAUAGUGACCAACCACAAAAAGCGAACGUCCAUUGACAAUAAUCGUCUCCUUUUUUCCCGUCAAGUUUCCCUUUUCCUUUUUCCCAGCAGCAGCAGCAGUGGACGACAUAAUAAUAUUUCAUUAUCACCCUGACCGAAAUUGACAAGGGUGGCCAGUUACUAUUAUAACAUGUACCUGAUGCAACCGAGCAAAGUAUAUAAGUCGGUAGUGUCGACUCGAUUAAGUCACCAGUCGCUUUCAGUCGAUUCCACCACCAACAACUACUCCAACAUCAUGCAGGUCCAAUUCAUCCUUGUUUCCCUCGUUGCAUUGGCUGUUUUUACAUCCGGAGAGGAACAGCCCAAAUACACAGACACUGUCGCCAAGUCAUCCGAGCAACAGUACGCUCCCAUGCCGCACUCGUUUGCCUGGGAAGUGAAGGACGAGCCGAGCAAAAACGACUACUCGCACCAACAGGAAAGCGACGGCAAAGUCACGACCGGAUCCUACCGCGUUGCCUUGCCCGAUGGCCGCACCCAAAUCGUCACCUACACGGCCGACCAAAACGGAUACGUCGCUGAAGUCAAAUACGAAGGAGAGGCCCAAUAUCCCGCACCUUCUUCAUACAGCAACAAACCAUCAGCGAGUUAUCCGACCGAACAGGCGAAACCAACAACAGCUUACCCCGUUGCUUGAAUAGCCCGAACCACUGAAGCUCAGCGAUCCUUAUAGAAACAUAAUGAACCGAUGCAUUUUCUCCAAUUCCUUUAAAUGCAUUAUUGAUUGUAAGUUUGUAACUAAAUCUUUUGUAAUAUAUGGAAGUAUAAAUGUAAAACGUUAA